GGCCGUGGGCCGGGAGCCGUGGAGCGGGCGGCGUUGGCGGAGCCGCGGGCGGAGUGGAACGGAACGAACCGAGGCGGGAGACGCACAGCUACCCCGGACGCACAGCCUGCAGCGGUGUCCGUCGGGAGCGGAGCCCAGCCAAGCCGCGGGAAGGACUGCGCAGUAAUUGGAUUUUGAAAGUUACUUAAGCCCCGAAGUAAAAUACACGGCUCAGCCGGGCGCGGUAAUAAUCCAUUUAGCCGUAACCCAAAUCCCCGGGGCCGUGCAGUCGUGCAAGGAGCAGCGCCUCCGCCUCGCCGUCGCCGCGGGACCCUGAGCGGAGCUGGCCAGAGCCGUCGCCGGGCUACGAGCGCGUCUCCUGUUUUCGUCGCUGCCGCUGCCUUCUCCGGAGAGCAGCUCCGGAAACUUUCGCCGAGAGAAGCGCCGCCACCGCUCUGUGAGCGCCGCCGCGUCGGAGCGGAGGAAGAAAGUCGUGGAGGAAAGGCGCGGAGCCGCGUUCCUCCCGUCGCCGCGCUCCUGCCCCACCGAAGGGGCCCCGCCGCCGCCCUCUGGUCGCUGAUGCCCCUGGGGCGUCGCGCCGGCCGGCUCUGAAAGACUCCCCGAGGCUCCCCGGGCCCCCGGCCGCCCCGGCGAUGCGGGCUGGCGGAGAAUGCGGGGGAGCGGCCGCCGCCGGCUGCCCCUUUCUGGGGCUGGCCGUGCUGCUGGCCGCCCUCCUGGGGACCCCCGCGGGUGCCACGGCACAGCAGUACCACGGCGAGAAGGGCAUCUCCGUGCCGGACCAUGGUUUCUGCCAGCCCAUCUCCAUCCCGCUCUGCACGGAUAUCGCCUACAACCAGACCAUCCUGCCCAACCUGCUGGGCCACACCAACCAGGAGGACGCAGGGCUGGAGGUGCACCAGUUCUACCCGCUGGUCAAGGUGCAGUGCUCGCCCGAGCUGAAGUUCUUCCUCUGCUCCAUGUACGCGCCGGUGUGCACCGUGCUGGAGCAGGCCAUCCCACCCUGCCGCUCCCUCUGUGAGCGGGCCCGUCAGGGCUGCGAGGCCCUCAUGAACAAGUUCGGCUUCCAGUGGCCAGAGCGGCUCCGCUGCGAGAACUUCCCUGUUCACGGUGCGGGUGAGAUCUGCGUGGGGCAGAACACAUCGGACGCCCCACCAGGACCUGGUGGUGCGGCGGGUCGGGGGAUCACUGCCCACCCCACAGCUGGCUACCUCCCUGACUUUCUUACCCCACCACAGCCACCCUCUGGCUUCUCCUUCUCUUGCCCCCGGCAGCUCAAAGUGCCCUCCUACUUGGGCUACCGGUUCCUGGGGGAGCGGGACUGUGGAGCCCCCUGUGAGCCAGCCCGGCCCAAUGGGCUCAUGUACUUUAAGGAGGCAGAGGUGCGAUUUGCCCGGCUAUGGGUGGGCGUGUGGUCCGUGCUUUGCUGUGCCUCCACCCUCUUCACCGUGCUCACCUAUCUGGUAGAUAUGCGUCGUUUCAGCUAUCCGGAGAGGCCCAUCAUCUUCCUCUCGGGCUGCUACUUCAUGGUGGCAGUGGCCUAUGCAGCAGGCUUCUUGCUGGAGGAGCGGGUAGUGUGUCUAGAGCGCUUCUCUGAGGAUGGUUACCGCACUGUGGCCCAAGGUACCAAGAAAGAAGGCUGCACCAUCCUCUUCAUGAUCCUUUACUUCUUCGGCAUGGCCAGCUCCAUCUGGUGGGUUAUCCUGUCCCUCACCUGGUUCCUGGCUGCUGGCAUGAAGUGGGGCCAUGAGGCCAUUGAGGCCAACUCCCAGUACUUUCAUCUGGCUGCCUGGGCUGUGCCUGCUGUCAAAACCAUCACCAUCUUGGCCAUGGGGCAGGUGGAUGGGGAUGUACUCAGUGGGGUGUGUUAUGUAGGUAUCUACAGCGUGGACUCGCUGAGGGGCUUUGUGCUGGCACCCUUGUUUGUGUAUCUCUUCAUUGGCACUUCCUUCUUGCUGGCUGGCUUCGUCUCCUUGUUUCGCAUCCGCACCAUCAUGAAGCACGAUGGCACAAAGACAGAGAAACUGGAGAAGCUGAUGGUGCGCAUUGGUGUCUUCAGUGUCCUCUACACGGUGCCUGCCACCAUUGUCCUGGCAUGUUACUUCUACGAGCAGGCCUUCCGUGGCACCUGGGAGAAGACGUGGCUCCUCCAGACCUGCAAAACAUAUGCUGUGCCCUGUCCCAGCCACUUUGCCCCUAUGAGCCCAGACUUCACUGUCUUCAUGAUCAAGUACCUCAUGACCAUGAUUGUUGGGAUCACAACUGGCUUCUGGAUUUGGUCUGGCAAAACCCUUCAGUCCUGGCGACGCUUCUACCACAGACUCAGUACCGGCAGCAAAGGCGAGACGGCAGUAUGAGACCCCCAUCCCCUCUGGCACACACACACUCACACAUGCAUACACGCAGAGGAGGCAGAGGAGAUGGAUACUCAGCAUAGGAGUAGGGCAAUGGUUCCCUGAAGAGGGAGGAAGAGAGGCUUUUCCAAACUUUUUCCUCCUCACAGAAGGUUUGAAAGAAAAAAAUUUUUAAAAAAUCAUUGCAUAAAGGAUCAGUCAAACUAUGUCCAGUGGUGCUUACGACCAGCUAAGUGGGAGAGGACUGAAAAAGAGGCCGCCGCUGGGACAGGACAGUCCUUCACUCAGAAGUCUCCUUACUUCUCUCCUGCUACUCCUGUUGAGGAACAGAAACUCCAACCCAACUAAAAUCAUCCUUGCCUUGCUUCGGACAAGAGGGAGGGGAAGCCAGAUAUGUUGAGCCACCCCUGCCGUGAAGUAGCCAAACGCUCUCUGAACUGCCGGGGCCAAAUUGCAGCGUGGGCAGGGUAACUCCGAGCCCGAGCUCGCUGCCUGCUCCUUCCAGCUCGGCGGAGCCAUCACAAACAACUCUCAUGACGGCUAAAGAAUUCCGGCACAAAGUAGAUGAAGGCAAAGAUGCGGCCUCUCUAAAGCAGCCCGGAGCGAGCACGGGAAGCAGAGACCGAACGCAGCCGUGUGCGAGGGGACUGAAGAGCGCCUGUGCCUGACCCUACUGCUCCUCUAGCAGGGGCAGGAGGUGGGCUGGCUUUCCAGAGCUCUGACCAAACCUCGCGGCAGCUUUCUGCUUUUAUGGUAGGCUAAACCCAAGUCCUGCAUUCGAGUGCUGGAAGACUUAAAAAUCUGUGCUUUACAGUUUCUUUGAGCCACCAACUGUCUUUUGUGGUAAGAAAUCCCUGAUCUGCAAAAACUAAUUAAUCUGUGGAUGGUUUUGCAGUUAUGAAGGCACAGAACUUUGUAUCAUUGCCCAAAGACAGGGAUAUGGUUUUCUGUUUUGAGAGUUCUUAAGACUUUUGCCACUUCACCUAAUAAAGUCAACAUAAACAGUUAA